AUGUUGAUGGUGCUUUAAUUGUUUUCUGGAUUACAGAUUAAUUGAGAUGGUAAAAUCAGCAUAUGUAAUGAUUCAUCAUUUUCAAGUCUCAGUUCCAAUUAAGUUGUUUAUUGCAGUAUUUCAAUAGUGGCUCCCGUGUUGCAGUCAUAGCAUCUCGCUGUGUUUCCCAGGGCUCUGACCCUGGCCAUACAGGCUCCUCUGCAGGAGGACAGGGGCUCCAAACCUUCCUCCUGCUGGAUUGGUGAGAGAGAGAGAGCGAGAGAGAGAAGGAGUACGAGAGAGAAACAUAGAGGAAUCAGCAUGGGUUCCAGCUCCUCUUCCUAUGCCCCAAAAACCAUCUAUCUGGACGUGGAUGGUAAGGUUCAGAAGGUGGCUUUCAGUCGUCACUGCAGCCCAUGUGACAUCAAGGAGCUUCUUUGUUCCUCGUCCAACAUCCCCAGGAAUACUGCUAUCAUGAUGGUGGAUCCUGAAGGGGCCCUGGUGUCCAUAGACCCUACUAUGCCUACCAACUCUCCCAACUCCUUGUACAAAGUCAUUUCUUUGUCCACCGGUCAGCUUGGAGAGAAAGAAGACAUGUUUCAAAACGUGUUAUCUCAGGUGGCGGAGCAGUUCAGCAGGGCUUUCCGAAUCAACGAGCUGAAAACUGAGGUGACCAACAGACUGGCAAUGUUGGAGAAAAGAGUGGAGUUGGAGGGACUGAAGGUUGUGGAGAUUGAGAAGUGCAAAAAUGACCUAAAGAAACUACGAGAUGAGAUGACAUCCAGAGGAGGAGGGAGAGUCGGGAACUGUCCCUGCAAGUACAACUUCUCAGAGGACGGGAAGAAGCUAAAUCCCAGACGUGACGUCCCAAGUUAUCCAAAGUACACCUUAUCCCAGGAGACUAUUGAAGCACUGAAGAAGCCAACAUUCGAUGUCUGGCAUUGGGAACACAAUGAGAUGCUGAGCUGCUUAGAGUACAUGUACCAUGACCUGGGACUGGUGAAGGAAUUCAACAUGAACCCCAUCACUCUCAAACGCUGGCUGCUGGGCAUUCAGGAGAACUAUCGCAGCAACCCGUUCCACAACUUCCGCCACUGCUUCUGUGUCAGUCAGAUGAUGUAUGGCAUGAUUAACCUGUGUAACCUGCCGGAGAAGAUGACUCUGACGGACAUGGGCAUUCUCAUGACAGCUGCAGUGUGCCACGACCUGGACCACCCCGGCUACAACAACACGUACCAGAUCAACGCUCGCACAGAGCUGGCCGUGCGUUACAACGAUAUAUCUCCCCUGGAGAACCAUCACUGCGCCGUGGCCUUCCAGAUCCUAUCGCUGCCCGAGUGCAACAUAUUCGCCAACGUCGAAUUGGAGGCCUACAAGCAGAUCAGACAGGCCAUCAUUACCCUGAUCUUGGCCACAGACAUGGCCCGGCAUGGGGAGAUAUUAGACUCCUUCAAACAUAAAGUGGACAGCUUUGACUUCACCAACGAGGAGCAUGUCACAUGCCUGAAGAUGGUUCUGAUCAAAUGCUGCGACAUCUCCAACGAGGUCCGGCCUACCGAGGUGGCCGAACCCUGGGUGGACUGUCUGCUGGAGGAGUACUUCAUGCAGAGUGACAGGGAGAAGACUGAAGGGCUGCCGGUGGCUCCGUUUAUGGACAGAGACAAAGUGACCAAGCCCACUGCCCAGAUCGGAUUCAUCAAGUUUGUCCUCAUCCCAAUGUUUGAGACAGUCAUGAAGCUCUUCCCCCAGAUUGAGGAGAUCAUGGUGCAGCCUCUGAGAGACUCUAGAGACCACUAUGAGGAGCUGAAGCAGAUCGAUGACGCCAUGACAGAGGGCUCUGGCUCUCGUUUUAUGAUCCAAAAAUUCAAAAAGGUCAUGGGUCGUCCUGAUCUGCGUCUUUGAAGAUGGAGGGUGAAAAGACUUGUCUUCUACACACUGAACCAACCUCAGACUACAUGAAACCUCCUGGUUGAUCACCACUGUUUUGUUAUGGACAUUACAGAAGGACAAUCGCUCUGUUUCAAUGUCCACACUAGCAUACUACAUAGGAUGAAUUCAUGUAUCAAGCACAUUGGAAUAUAGCUCAUCUGAACGCUAGUUGGUCAUCAUCCACGGCUGUGUAUACACAGGCAGCCCAAUUCUGAUCUUUUUACCCAAUUGUUGGAAAAAUAUCUGAUCUGAUUGGUCAAAAUACCAAUAAUUGGGCAAAAUAUCAUAAUUGGUCUGUCUAUGUAUACACAACCUAUCAUAAUUUCUGAGUGACAAUUGGUCAAUGUAGGUAUAUUUUUUGCCAUAUUUUCUGCUUUCUGGUUUUAGUCACACUUGUUGAUGUUGCCUAUUACGGUAUAAUGAAUAACAACUAAGACGUUUACUGCAACACUGUCUUUUCCUUUUACAAGUCUCCUAUUCAAAUGCAAAACUGUUUCUAAAACAGUUUGAAUACAUUGACCCUUAAUUUAACCAUGUCAAGUACACAGCAUAUUUUAACAUAAUUAUUAGAGGUUUAAACAUUGUUACAACAAAUUCUACUAAUUAUCCCCUCGUGUGUGCACUGAAUGAAUUUACAUAAAUUCAUAUUUUGAGGUUGGUGUAAUAGCACAUCCAUUGUUGUUCAAUAUAUUCAGUCUUAGAUGCAUGUUGUACGUUAUUACAGAAGUAUUUCAUUACAAUCUAAAAUGUUAUUCUUGUAUUUUAUUUAUUUGUGCAUAGUACAUCCUACAUAAACUGCAAACUACAUUACAGUUGUAAAACAUGUAACAUCCUUUUAUACAAAAUGUGUCACCUAGUAAUAAACUCCACCAGUAUUUUUGAAAAGUUGCAGGUUAUGAAGAAGAGAUCAAAAUGUCAUUCUCAUCGACGGUUCAUGAGUAAUACCAUUGACUCUUCUCUGAAUGGUGCAGGGAUGAAUGAACCAAUGGCUGGUCCAGCUCGGGAGUCUUUGAAAGCUUGUGUACUUUACUUGAUAUCUGUAUUCUGAUGUGUAUGCUUUAUGCACAAUGCGGAUGGUCCACGCUUACGCUUGGAUUUCCUGCUCGUUGUCAUUUAGGAAAACCAUUUUAAGAGCGUGGUAGUCCAUAGCUUCGGGCUUUGAGGGGAUAUGUGUUGAAACAGGACUUCUUUGACAGUUUUGUUGUACAACUCCAAACUACCACUUAACCCACAUCUCUCUAUAGUAAAAAAAUACGUGGGUGGUAUUCAACAGGUACAGUAGAU